CCCCCCACUGCUGGAACCGAGAAGGCUGUGUCCCCUUCCUCUGGGCUCCCUUCCUGUUUCCUGUUGUCAGGUAAUGCCAGCCUCAACCCUCUGGACCAAUCGCCCCCAUCAGACUGUGCUCCUCAAUUGUAUACCAGGUGGGACAUCUGAAGGGAGCCCAGCUUAGGGACACCUGGGUCCAAUUUCCCCAGGGAGUGUGGGGAUGGGGGCUGGAGAUGAAUGGAGCCUGGUGCCAUAUGUGAGGAACCUCGGUGUCCACAGCAAAGCCUGAUGGGGACCUGAGGAUGCUCCGAGAGCAGUAGAAGCCUGAACCAGAGCCUCUAACCCUGUCCCCCCAAUAAUGGGGCCCCCAUUGAGUCAUCUGCUGGCUGGCCUGUGUGUGUGGGUGGCCUUGGGCUGGGUAGGAGGCUCUGCUCCCAACCUGGGCCCUGCUGAGCAGGAGCAGAACCAUUACCUGGCCCAGCUGUUUGGCCUCUAUGGGGAGAACGGGACGCUGACUGCAGGGGGCCUGGCACGGCUUCUUCACAGCCUGGGACUAGGCCGAGUUCAAGCCCUUCGCCUGGGACACCACGGGCCUCCCGCUGGUCGGGCUACACCCCCAGCUGAAGACAAUUCCACCCACAGGCCACAGGACCCUGAGCUGAGUGUGGAUGUCUGGGCAGGGCUGCCUCUGGAUCCCUCAGGGUGGGGUGACCUGGAAGAGCCAGAGGCCCCAGCACCACCCCAUGGGCCGGCCCCCUCAGGCCUGGGCCUCUUUCACAGGCUUCUGCUGCUGGACCAUUCACUAGCUGACCAUCUGAAUGAGGAUUGUCUGAAUGGCUCCCAGCUGCUGGUCAAUUUUGGCCUGAGCCCUGCUGCUCCUCUGACCCCUCGUCAGUUUGCUCUGCUGUGUCCAGCCCUGCUGUAUCAGAUUGACAGCCGUGUCUGCAUCCGGGCCCCAGCCCCAACGCCUCCGGGGGAUCUACUAUCUGCCCUGGUCCACAGUGCCCUGGCAGUCCUGCUGCUCAGCCUUCCUGCUCCCCUCUCCCUGCUCUUGCUGCGGCUCCUGGGACCUCGUCUGUUGCAGCCCCUGCUGGGCUUCCUGGGUGCCCUGGCCGUGGGCACCCUUUGUGGGGAUGCACUGCUACACCUACUGCCACAUGCGCAAGGAGGGCAGCACAGUGGAUCUGGCGCACGGCCAGAGGAGGACCUGGGACCAGGACUGUCGGUGCUUGGUGGUCUCUUCCUGCUCUUCGUCCUGGAGAACAUGCUAGGGCUUUUGCGGCGUCGAGGGCUCGGGCCAAAAUGCUGCCGGCAAAAAAGAAAGGAUCUCAGAUCUCCAAACCUGGACCCAGAGGACGGCACUGGGAUGGCCCUUCAGCCCCUACAGGCACCUCCAGAGCCAGGGGCUCAGGGCCCGAGGGAACAGGACAACCAGCCCCCAGCAGCCCCGGCCCCUCCAGGGCACCAAGGCCACAGUCACGGGUACCAGGGCAGCGGGGGCACCAAUAUCACAUGGAUGGUCCUCCUGGGAGAUGGUCUGCACAACCUCACUGACGGACUGGCGAUAGGUGCUGCCUUCUCUGAUGGCUUCUCCAGUGGCCUCAGCACCACCGUAGCAGUCUUCUGCCAUGAGCUGCCCCACGAACUGGGUGACUUCGCGAUGCUGCUCCGGGCAGGGCUGCCCUUCCGGCGGCUGCUGCUGCUGAGCCUGGUGUCUGGCCUUCUGGGACUGGGGGGUGCAGCCCUGGGGGUGGGGCUCAGUUUGGGCCCUGUCCCCCUCACUCCCUGGGUGUUUGGGGUCACUGCUGGGGUCUUCCUCUAUGUGGCCCUUGUGGACAUGCUACCGGCCCUGCUGCAUCCUCCUGAGCCCCUCCCUGCGCUCAGUGUGCUACUGCAGGGGCUGGGGCUGCUGCUGGGGGGCGGCCUCAUGGUCACCAUAGCCCUGCUGGAGGAGCAGCUGUGGCCUCUGGUCUCUGAUGGCUGAUGGGGGCCAGCGGAAAGGCGUCCAGGUUGCCCUUCCUUCCCCCCAACCAUAGGAAUGGAGGCGGGACACAGGGCCAGUAGGAGCAAUAGGAUUUUAAUAAACAGAACCCAUCCCAAAGCCAUGACUACGACAGUUGUACUUGCACCAAAACAGCAUAGAAAACCAGGAUGUGGCGGGAGGAAGGCUCGAAGCACAGAGGGGGAGGAUACGGGAAGAGGGGCCUAGAGGGCGUGGGGGUGCAUCGAUCUGCGGGGAGAGCAUUGUGCUUUAGCCCAGGGAGGAGGGGGAGGGGCAGGACAAAUGCACUGAGGUCCCCACUUUUUCCUGCUGCCCUCAGCACCCUGGGAUACAGGCAUCUGGGCAGGUCUGCCCUUUAUUGCUGCCCACCAGCAUUAAACACCCCCUGACCCCAACGCUAGCACCACAGGUGGAUCCAGGGCAGGGAGAAGGGCAGGAAGGGGAACAUUGCUUAGAGAAAGAUUCAACUAGAAUCCAGUGAAUUGUGCUCAGUUCUCUUUACUUCCUACAACCGAGUACAUGGGUCACAGGGUGGAGGGUGCAACGAGACAUGGGACAUGCCCCUCAUUGCCCCCAGCACACCACUGCACACAGGAUGGUGGUGUCUGCAGCAUCACAGGUCAUGCAGGGCAGGGGAAGGGGAGGUUCACACACACAGAGACGCCCACAGCGGGUACCAGACAGAGAACACCCCUGAAUAUACACAGCUGUACACAGGGAACCCCCAGGUCCCCAACCCAACCCUCUCCCCUGUCUUGCCGUCCCCCAAGCAGGAGGAACUGUAUUGCUUUGAGAGAGCCACCCUGGGGGCUGCUCUGCCAGGCACCCUCCCCCCCCCCAUCCCCAUUUUGGCACAUCUGCAAGACACACGGCAGCGAGAGUAGGCACCCUCCCUCCCAGGCUUCUGUGGCUUGGAGUUGAGGAAGGGGGUAGGAGGCCUCAUCCGCCAUCUUUCCUCUAGCCCGUCCCAAACCCCUACCAGACCCACCCCCACCCCCUAAACACACACACACACACACACAAAGCUGAGCUAUCCAGGAAUACAGGGGAACAAGGAGAUUGUCCGGGACGGGAGCAGAGGCAGUGGGGAGAAAGGACUGGAAGCAGAGACCCCACCCUGGUGUGGGGGUAAGACUGGCACACAGCUACUUUAGUGCAAUUGGAGAGGGUGCCCAGAGUGAGGGAUGGAGGUGGGAGGGGCAGGCUUGCCCCACUUCCCUGGGGGCAAAGCCAAGCUCCCCAGGGAAGGGGCCUAGUGGGAGUGAGCGAGGACCGAGGGUGGAUCCUCUCGUCACCCACCACCCCCUGCCCCCCCAAAUGCAGUGACAGCGUCCCCCUCACACCUAAGUGGGCAACAGCAGCCUCGGAGUCAGUACCUUCAAGUAAUUCAUAGAGCAGACCCUCCCCACCCCAGCUUCCUCCCAGCUCUGGGAUUUGGUCGCUUCUCUAGGGGUUGGGUGGGGAGGAGGGGGUCCCCAAAUCAGACCCUUCCCUCUCUACCUCCCUCUUCCCAGGCCACUGGGCUUGGUCCUCAAAGAUUCCUCACCUCCGCCCUUGCCCAAUCUGGGUCAAGGCCACGGAGGGCUGGAGCCACCACGACAGAGGGGAAGGGGCUGCUUUGCUCCUUAUCCCUCCUUCUCAAAAGGUAGGGUUCAAACUAGUGGGCUGGGGCCCCGUAUUGGUUUGCCCCAGGAGGAGGGUUUCUGGGCUAGGGUCUGUAAGGCUAUUUUCCUUUGCGGUGGGAAGGGGAGGUGGGGAUGAACACCGGCUGUGGGGAGAGGGUGAGAAAUGGCGGACAGGGGAGGAGGAAGGGGCCUCCCUCUGGAGAACAGUCACUGGAGUCACUCAGACGAAGUCACACUCAUGUGCACAAGCUCCCGAGCGUGCCUGCCCCGACAGGCCCUCCCCCCAGGACCCCUUCCACGACCCCAGAGGAGGUGUGGGGGCUACAGCUGUAGAACCGUUCACUCUGGCCCCCCGCCCUGCCCCCCGCCUCUUCUCCCCUUCUAGGUCCGGGGAGUAAGAAGGUGCUCGGGUGGGCAGACAGCGGUGGAAACAGUAUUGAGUUUUCCUUUGGUUACAUAUUGAAGGCAAAGGUGAGCUGGACUUACAGUCAAAACGGAUAGGGAUGAGGAAGGAAGAGGGGCCAUGGCUGGGGUUGGAGAGGGAGGCAGGCCCUCCUCAGCCCCUCCACCCCAAGGAACACAUGUCUAAGUGGGGUGGCAGUCCCUCAGUCUCAUCUCUCCCACCCCCCACAGCACCAAACAACAGGAGAAGCCCCCUCCCCCAGGGGCUGCUCCCCACCCCAACCCGGGCUGUACAUUCAGUGGUUUUCAGCAGUCCUAUGGCUCAGGGGGCCACGGGGUGGGGGAGGUGGCCCGUCAGUCUCAGCUGGACAGUGGCAGUGACCUGGGUCUGCUGGCCCCUCCCGGGAGCCACAGUUUGUGCCAUUUGUUUUUCUGAAGGAUAGUACACAACCCUACCAGAGCCACCGCCCAAUCAGAAACAUCUCCCCAAAAAUCAGAAACUAAAAACUGGCUCUUUUCAUCUCGCCCUCUGAUUCACACAUCUGUUUCCCUGUCUCCUAUGUAGCCCUCGCUCUGUCUCCUUUGCUGGGACCUGGGGCUGCUCCCAGGGUCCUCGCUUAAAAUAGGCCUUUUCUCAAAAGUGCUUAUUACUUGAAGCAAGUGCUUUAGAGCUGCGGUGGGGAGAGGGGGAGGGGGAGAGGGAGGGCAAAGGGAAGGAGAUGAUUCCUCCCCCCCUACCCCCUUGAGAUUGGGGGGCAUUCUGCCUGUUUUAUUUCUCCACACCCGUUUAAGUCAAAGAGGUUUCAAAAAAAAAAAAAAAAAACUUAAACAUUAAAAUAAAUAUGCAGUGGCCAUGAGAAUGGUCAAAAUGCUUCAAAAAACACUAGGGGCUGGGGAG